AUGAGAACGAGGUGUGCAGGUGUUCCGUCGACUGGGCAACCGAGCGCUGCCAUCUUCACAGCUGCGAUCAGCGCAUGCGACAGGAGAGGCCAGUGGCAGGAAGCUUUGGCAGUCCUGACUUCUAUACCCGCAAGAAGCUGGCAACUGAACGAGAUUUCCUUCAAUGCCGCCAUCACUGCAUGCGAAAAGGGCCAGCACUGGCGAGCUGCUCUAAGCCUCUUUCGUUCUGCCUCUGCUCUUUGGGUGCGGAGGGAUGUGAUCAGCUACAACAGCAGCCUGAAUACCUUCGAGAAGAGCCGUAGCUGGGAGUUGGCCAUCAUGCAGCUGUCAGCCAUCCGAUUCGUGGCUUUGGAGCCCGACCGGAUCUCCUUCAACGCCACGGCCGCCACGGCCGCCCCCACCUGGGCCGUCAGCCUCUUGGCCCUGCAGGAACUCCGUGAACGAGGCGAGGCCGAUGCGGUGAGCUACAACUGCGGGAUCACUGCAAGCGAGAGGGGCCAGGAGUGGCCCGUGGCCCUCCAACUCCUUGACAGCCUCAACGCUGGCGGACUACGAGGCACGGUCGUCACGGCUGGUGCCGCUAUCAGUGCCUGCGCGGCCCAUGGUGCUUGGGAAGAGGCACUGCGUCAGUUGUUUCAACUCCAGCUGCGAAGGCUGCAAUCGAGAAUUGCGCACAACGCCGCCAUGUGCGCCUGCGAGAGGAGCUGCCACUGGGAGCAGGCCCUUCUGCUCUUCGUUGGCAUGGGCUUCGCCAGCCUCCGCCCAUCGAUCAUCAGCUAUAACACUACAAUGACGGCCUGUGUCUCUGGCGAGCAGUGGCAGAGGGCUCUGUCGCUGUUCGUGGAGACACCUGCUUCGGCAAGGACCGCCGUCACCUAUGGGGCAGCCGUCAGUGCAAUGGAGACAGCCAGGCAGUGGCAGGAGGCCGUGGCGCUCCUGGCGGAAUGCCGUGGUCGGAAGCUGCGAUUGGAUCUGGUUAUCUUCAACUCGGCCAUUAGUGCCUGCGAGAAAGGUGGCCACUGGGAAGGUGCCUUGCAGCUCCUAGAGGACCUUGAAGGGGCGUUUCUGGAGAAGAGCCUCGUGUCUUACAAUGCUGCCAUCAGCGCCUCUGAGAAGGCAGGGCACUGGCAGCUCGCCUUGGUCCUGGUCGCAGAGCUUCGCCGGAGGCGGCUCCAGGAGAAUUUGAUCACGUGCUGCGCUGCGAUUGCUGCUUGCACCCGUGGAAUGGAAUGGUCUGCAGCCCUGUCGGUGCUGUCUGUGCAGCAGCGAAGGAAGCUGGAGCACCAUGCGGCAUACGUUUCAGCCGUCACUGCUUGUGUGCAGUCUUGGCAGCACCAGCCAGCCCAGAGGGUUCUAUCUGAGCUGGAGAAGUUUCUUUGUGGACUGGCCAAGACCAGUGCGAGACUCGGAGAAACAGCACAUCUGCGACCGCCAACUCUGUGGCUUCCAAUACCAUUGCAAAGAGCACCAAACUCACAGUGGGUAAUCUUUCCUCUCGCAUGGCGUGGCUGCGGCGGGGACCGCGCGGGCGUCAUGGGUGACGAUGAUGCUGAGAACUGGUAUCGCUUCACUGCUGCCAUCAGCAAGAAGCCACAGGCUUCCCUUGGUCUCGAUGUCACCUACAGGUCAUGGAGUAAGGACGGCGUCUUUGUCGCAAACGUCUUCGAGGCCGACGGACUGCGGUUUUUUUGGUCUCCCUUUGGGCCGAAUCGGCUGCAGGGCGGCCUUGUGGCUGCGUGGAACGAGAAGCAGGAGAUGCCCAACCGCAUCUGCGUCGGUGACUUCAUCUUUCAGGUGAACCACGUGUCUAGCAAUCCCGUCGCCAUGAUCGAGGAGCUGAAGGAGAAGACUCAAUUGGACAUCUGUUUGAAGCGGAGGAAAGGAGCCGAGCCUGCUUUACCACCGCAUCAGGCUGUUGGCCAGCGGUGUGGUGUUCUUAGAGAGUUCAUUGCUUGUUGA